ACUUUAACUAGUGUCACUGUUCAGAGCUCUCUCAUCUCAGGCCAGCAAUCUAAAAUCACAGUACAAAUGCCUUCACUCUAAACACCCCUUUUUCAAUUCUUUGGUAUCUGAUUUUUCCAUUCUUUUGCAUUUUCUCUCUCCUCACUCUUACAUCUCCGACCGGCUAAAAUGGCGCCGGAGCUGAGCCCGUCGGCUGAUCCGGUAAGUCAUCGGAAAUCGCCGAGAUUAUCGGCAGAAGGAGGAGGAAAGAGAGAUGCUAAAUUGACUGACAGUCAUAGUUCCUGUGACAAACAGUCCAAUAAGAUCAAAAAGAAUAAGAGGGGUAAAUCUGAUAAGUGUGUUUCUUUCUUGAUCGGUGAUCCAAUUCCCGAUGAUGAAGCUCGCCGCCGGUGGCCUUUUAGGUACAGCAAUAACUCCAAUAAGCGGCGAAGAUGUAAUAAUGGGAACUCGAAGCCUUCUGAUGAUGAUGAAGAUGAGUUGGUUUUGGAUGUAAAAUGUCAUUAUUCACAAGCUGAAGUUGUGAAUUGUAUUUUUGACCUUGGAGAUUGCACAUAUGUAAAAGGUGAAAAGGGGAAGAAGAAUUUUGUUGGUAGGAUUGUCGAAUUCUUCAAAACCAUGGACGACGAAGAUUAUUUUCGAGUUCAAUGGUUUUUUAGGGCUGAAGAUACGGUUAUAGAAGAUGAGGCAAAGCCUCAUGAUGUAAAGCGGUUGUUCCUUUCGGAUCUUAUGAAUGACAACCCAUUGGAUUGCAUUGUUUCAAAAGUCAAGAUUUUACAAGUACCACCAAGUGUGGACUUAAAACCAAAAUCUCUUUCCGCCUUUGACUUCUAUUAUGACAUGAAAUACUCUGUAGACUACACCACAUUUUCUACUGUUGUUGAUGAUGAACCUGGCCUCUCAUCAUGUGAUAACAUGAAGAAAAUUCAGGCAAAUGGGCUCAGGCCUAAUUUUUGGAAUUUUUCUGGCCAAAAGCCGCAUAAAGACAUGGCACUGUUGGACUUAUACUCUGGUUGUGGCGGAAUGUCAACCGGAUUAUGCCUAGGAGCUAAACUUGCUGGCGUCAAUCUUAAAACGAGAUGGGCUCUUGACCUCAAUAAAUCAGCUUGUGAUAGCUUGAAAUUAAAUCAUCCCCAAGUUCAAAUAAGAAAUGAACCGGCGGAUGAAUUUCUUGGCUUGUUGAAACAAUGGGAUAAACUUUGUAAAACUUACAUUGAUAAAGCUGGAAAUAAGACUAUGUCUUCUCCUAGAGUUCAAAGACAGUUGCAAUCUCCGAAAAGUAAUGAUUCAAGAAACAAGAAUAAAAAACCAUCCGCUGAAUAUGAGGUUGCUAGCAUUGUUGAUAUCUGCUACGGUGAUCCCAACCAAAGCGGCAAGCACGGACUUCAUUUUGAGGUGCGUUGGGCUGGUUACGGCUCAAGUGAGGACACAUGGGAGCCAAUUGAGGGACUAAGUAACUGCCAGGAACGGAUACAGGAAUUUGUUCAGAAAAGUUAUAAACUUGGGAUAUUGCCUCGGCCGGGAGAUGUCGAUGUGAUUUGUGGAGGUCCUCCGUGCCAGGGAAUUAGUGGGUAUAACCGUCACAGGAAUGUUGAUAACCCUUUAGACGAUGAUAGAAAUCGCCAAAUUGUGGUGUUUAUGGACAUUGUAGAGUUUCUCAAGCCAACAUACAUAUUGAUGGAAAAUGUGGUUGACAUUUUGAGGCUUGCUGAUGGUAAGCUUGGAAAAUAUGCAAUUAGCCGAUUGGUUCAAUUGAAGUAUCAAUCAAGUCUUGGAAUUAUGGCUGCUGGUUGCUAUGGCCUUCCACAAUUCCGUCUACGUGUUUUCCUAUGGGGAGCUCAUCCUAACGAGAGAUUACCGCAGUUUCCUCUCCCUACACAUGAUGUGGUGGUGAAAUAUGGCUCGCCAGAGAAGUUUGAGCGCAACAUUGUUGCAUAUGAUGAAGAUCAAUCUCGAAAAGACCUUGAGAAAGCUCUUAAACUACAAGAUGCUAUUUCUGAUCUUCCACCGGUGAAAAAUAAUGAAGCUCGAGAAGAGAUGUCGUAUCGAAAGCCUCCAGAAACGGAGUUUCAAAAGUAUAUUAGAUCAAGUGAAUGUGAUAUGUUGGGCGAUCCUGAUGCCACUGCACGAAAAAGAUGUGUUCUUUAUGAUCAUCGACCGGCUGAAUUAUUCGAGGAUGAUUACUUGCGAGUUUCUAAAAUCCCUCCGAGAAAGGGAGCAAAUUUUCGAGAUUUACCAGGUUUAAUUAUUGGAAGAGACAACGUUGUUCAGAGAGACCCUGAAUCAGAUAUAAGAUUACCAUCUGGGAAGCAACUGGUUCCUGAUUAUGCAAUAAACUUUGGUAAAGGUCGAUCCUUAAGACCAUUUGCUCGACUAUGGUGGGACGAGACAGUCCCUACAAUAUUGACAAGACCCGACCUUCACAGCCAGAAAAUUUUGCAUCCAGAGCAAGACAGAGUUCUCACUAUUCGUGAGUGUGCAAGAUUACAGGGUUUCCCGGAUUAUUUCAAAUUUUGUGGGACUGUGAAGGAAAGAUACCGUCAAGUUGGAAAUGCUGUAGCAGUUUCAGUUGCUAAAGCUUUAGGGUAUGGUUUAGGAAUGGCAGCACAAAAACUGACUGGGAAUGGUCCUCUCAUUACUCUCCCACCAAAGUUUUCUCACAUUACAGCAGCUGAACAUCUGAAACCUUCAACUACAGAAGCGAUAUCUUCAACUAAACAAGAGACGGAAUAAUUUUCAUUUCAGUUUUACUGAUUUCUAUUAUGUACACUAAAUUAUUAGCUGUGCAAUUUAUGUCAUUGUUUCCUGAUGAAAGAAACUUUGUUAUCUUCUGUCACUCUCCUUCUUGAUUCUUCAUUUCAGUUUUUGCCCUUUCUCUAGGGGUAAAACACAAGUUUCAGUGAACCUGUGAUACAAAGUUCGGCUAUUUAUACAUUUUCUGUUGCAAAUUGA